CUUAUCAGAAGCGAGUGCUCUUUAGCUGCCACGGCGCAAAAAAUAGCCCUGUGUGGAACCAAAAUGGAGUUAACACCUAGUAGCUGUUCCAUGUGGGUUUGACUGUGUGUGAGGCUGAGGCAGAUUUACCCUCAUCUAUGGCCGGUUUGGACAGAAACAACAGAAUCCUGCAGGAACUGGUGCUGCAGCCGGGGAACAACGUGUGUGCUGACUGUGCAGCUCCUGAACCUGACUGGGCCUCGUACACACUCGGUGUCUUUGUGUGCCUGAACUGUUCAGGGAUGCAUCGUAAUUUACCUGCUGUCAGCAAAAUCAAAUCCAUACGUCUGGAUUACUGGGAAGACUCGUUGGUGCAGUUCAUGGCAGAGAGAGGAAAUCGUGCAGCCAAAGCCAUUUUUGAGAAGCAUGUCCCGGCUUCUUUCUACAGGCCGCAACAAAAAGACUGCAUUGUUCUUAGGGAUCAGUGGAUUCGUGCAAAGUAUGAAAGAAGAGAAUUUACAAACGAGUCCUGUCUGCAAACUUACUCCUCAGAGUUGUUUGAGUCGGUCCUCUGGAAGAAGGGCAGACACAACAAGCAGUUCCUGAAGAGGAUCUUUUUGCUGUCCCAGAAGGAUUUCACCCUCAGAUAUUUCCUCAAAGAGGAUUCUAAGGUUCCCAAAGCCGUCAUCAGCAUGAAGGAUCUGAACGCAGAGUUCCAGCCGGAGAAGAUCGGCCACGCUCAUGGGCUGCAGAUCUCCUUCAAAGAGGAUGAACACACGAGGAACCUGUUUGUUUAUCAUGAGGACGGACAGACAAUCGUAUCGUUUUUCAACGCUCUUCGGGCCACACGUUUGGCUUACCUGCUGAAGAAACACCCUACUCUUCAAAGUAAUGAUUUAAUACCUCAGUUAACAACACAGUGUCUAAAGGAGGGUUAUAUGGAGAAAACUGGCCCAACGCAACGUGAGCCUUUUAAGAAGAGGUGGUUCAUUUUGUGUUCAAUGAACAGAAAGCUUCUAUAUUUUAAAUCUCCGCUGGACGCUACAGAUCUGGGCUCAGUUUUCAUCGGCUCAGAGAACCACGGGUACUUGGUGUCAGAGAGCUGCAGCCGGAGCACACGGUCAGGCCGGUGGCACUGCGGGAUCACCCUGGAGACUCCGGGCAGGCAGUUUGUGUUCAUGUGCGAGCAGGAGGAGGAGAGGAGGGAGUGGAUGGAGGCCUUCAGAACGGUCAUCUCCCAGCCCAUGACCCCAGAGGACUACGCCAGUACAAAGAUCCUUUUACAGCUGAAACAAGACACUGUCUUCUUGUCUAAGUUCAAAUCUCAACCCUCACUCCUAAUCAUUUCUCUCUUUUUGUGUGUGCAGAUGAAGCUACUUUGAGACGAGGAAAAUGACCGGGACUUUUUUUUUUUUUAGCAAACUGUCUACAAAGUGACACAGCAGAAGUUACUGACACAUCAGAGGCAGCAUGUCAACAACACUGGACUUGUUUUAUUUAGUGCAUGAGAAUGACUCAUAAAAACAUUCUUUUGCAUUAGUCUGUGUAUUAAAAAUGAACAAAAUGUA